UAUAUAUAUAUAUAUAUAUUCAAUCAUUCAAUUUCACAGAUUAAGUCAUUUAUAAAAUAUCUAAGCAGUAAAACAGUACACUACUGAAAAUGCAACCUCCAUAGUGAAAAGAACUAGAUUAUGUUGGCCUAAACUGGACUUCUGUGUGUAGGUUAACACUUCAGAUCACACUGAGAAAUAAUGACUUUGUCAGAAAUAUGAAAAGUAAAGACUCUUCACUCACCUCAGGCAGAGUUUUCACCAGGCAGUAACAUGUUCUUUCUUCACACAUUCUCACCUGUCUGUCUUCUACCACCAAGUCCACCACUCAUGUCGGAAAAAUUGAGAGGAGACAGGGUGAGUUUUAAUCUUCCCAUACUGCAGAGAAAGCCAUAUGCAGGGUGUUUAUGAACUUCAGUGGUGUUUUUACACAAUAUGUCGGAAUGUUUUGUCUCUAUGGCAACCAUUUUGUGUACAUCCACAUAAACCUGCUGAAAAAGUCAGAUUACAUUGAGUAUUUUUGUAUCCUAAAGAUUUCCUGUUUACUCCCUAAACAUCUAUACGACAGGGACUCAGAGACCAUCAACAUCUAAGGUAGGCUGUUUUUUACAGGAUAUCUUUUUGAGUUUCCAGGACACAUUCAAUAUUUCAGUUUAAGUUAAGUUAGCUAGUUCUAUCCACAGUGACAAAGGUUUACUGGCAAAUAUAAAUUAGUGUGGUAAGUGUGAGAAAUGUUUAUCCACUUCCUAUUGAAGAUCUGUGUUUAUUGUUAGCUAUUUUACACUCAAUACACCACUUUACAUGGAGCUUCUGAUUAAGACACAGUUGCUACAACUGCAUAAAAGGUUAAUGAAUGAUAGAAAAGCUUGUUGCUUUGUGUUGCUCACAAUGAGGCAACAGAUGCAGCGGGAGGCCACCCCACUGCAGGGUAUCCAGUGACAGCACUGGCUUAACGUUAGGCAUAUGAACUGUCAAGGGCUGCAGAACAGAGAGAUGAAAGGUAUAGAGGGAGAGAGACACACACAAAGCCAGGGAAAGUCACAGGCACUUUUGUCUCACUGACUGAGAGGAAUGACAAGGAGAGGAGAGGGACUAAAAUGAGAAAGUCACACAGACGUUGCCUUAGUAUUUGAUGGAAGUAAGAUAUACAGAUAGAAAGGAGAGGGAGGAUGCAGUGUGAGAGGAUGGGAGAACUUUGUGCAGAGUGAAGACCCUGACUUCUCUUUAAUUCUCUCUCAUGCUGAGUUUGAAAAAGUAGCAUUUCAACAGUGAGCUCAGGUAUAAGCUGGGAUAUAUCUCUGAGUUGACAUUUGUAGUCACUAUUUCCUGUAUAUUUUUGUGAUAUGCUGCGUCUUUAAAAACCAUGUUUGAAAUAUUACAAUAUAGAAGAUGACAACAAAAAAAUAAAAUAAAAUAAUGUGCUUUAAAUUGACCUAAAUUCAACAUUUUCUUCCUUCUAACACUAUGAUGACGUAUAUUCAGCCUUGCAUAAAACACAAGCCUUUAAUACAGUUGUAGUAGCCACAUACUCUUCCCAGAAUUGUAUGAUGAUUCCACACAAGUUGGAUGAUCAACAACAAGGGAUUAAGAGGCUAUAAUGAUUGUGUGCAGGGCGGGAUGAAGAAAAGCAAGGCCCCCUCCUCCAGGAGAGCUGAAAUCCAGCAACUGUAUCAAUGCUACACCUCAGGCCAUACAACUUUGCCAGCCUGUGCCCUCCUCAGGUUCCUCCACAAGGAGCAGAUGGAGCUCACAGCAAAUGAGGAGACAGCAGAGAGUCUGAUUGAUAGAUAUGAGAUUGAAGAGACAGCCAGAGAAAACAGGUAUAUGACGUUUGAAGGAUUCCUUAGGUACAUGGAGUCCAAAGACUGCAGCGUGUUCGACCUGGCCCACGCAUCUGUCUACCAAGACAUGGACCAGCCUCUCACCAGUUACUUCAUCUCCUCAUCACACAACACCUACCUGACUGGAGACCAGCUAGUAGGACAGAGCCACCUGGAUGCCUAUGUUUGUGCUCUUAGGAAAGGCUGUCGCUGUCUGGAGAUUGACUGCUGGGAUGGGCCAGACAUGGAGCCUGUAGUCUACCAUGGCUACACCCUGACCACCAAGAUACUCUUUAAGGACGUUAUCACCACUGUAGAGCAACAUGCCUUUGAGGUGUCUGCUUACCCCGUGAUCCUGUCAUUAGAAAACCAUUGCUCCCAAGAGCAGCAGGUGGUCAUGGCCCAGUAUCUCAUCUCUAUCCUGGGGGACAAGCUGCUGAGAACUCCCUUGGAUCACCCAACAACUGGAGACCUCCCAAGCCCAAAUGACCUGAAAUAUAAGAUCCUCAUCAAGAAUAAAAAGCUAAAGCCUCAGAUUAAGAUGGACACAGCAGGGACAGAGGCAGAGGAGAGUGUAGAUGAGGGAGAGGAUGAAGAGGAUGAUGAUGAGGAGGAGGAGGAUCAUCAAAGCAAAGCAACGUUCUGGGCUUCCAGAAAGGCAGGGUCAAAGAUAAAAAAGAAGAAGGUGGUGGUGGUGGCAGAGGCUUUAUCUGACCUGGUCAUAUACACUAGGUCUGUCAAGUUCAUCAGCUUCAGUCAUUCCCAGGACAAUCAGAACUACUAUGAGAACACAUCUAUGGCAGAGAAGAAAGCUCGCAAGCUGGCCAAAGCCUCAGGUGCAAAUUUUGUUCAGCAUAACCAGAAGUUCCUCAGUAGGAUUUACCCUGCAGGCUCAAGGACAUCUUCGUCCAACUACAAUCCUCAGGAGUUUUGGAAUGUCGGCUCGCAGCUCGUGGCACUCAAUUUCCAGUCUCUGGGCUUGCCUAUGGACCUUAAUGAUGGCCGUUUCCAGGACAACGGAGGCUGUGGAUACGUCCUGAAGCCAGCAGUGCUCAUGUCCAGUCAGAGGAGCUUUGAUCCCGGCUGCAGCCAGCACAGCCUCAAACCCACACACCUGCUGCUCAAGGUGAUCAGUGGGUCCAACCUACCUGUUCCCAGGGGUGGCAAAGCUCUGGACCCCUUUGUCAGAGUGGAGAUUCAUGGGAUUGCAUCUGACUCGCGCAGAAAAAACACACACACUGUCAAGAACAACUCUCUGAGUCCUCACUGGGAUGCUGACAUGAACUUCAGCAUCAGCUUAACUGAGAUCUGCCUCAUCCGCUUCUGUGUCCGAGACCAGACUGGGCUCCUCAGCAGUGAUUUUGUGGGCCAGUACACCCUGCCCUUCACCAGCCUGAAGAAAGGCUACCGCUGGGUGCCUCUACGGUCCCGAGAUGGAUGCAGCCUGGAUCCAGCCUCCCUCUUUGUCUUUGUUUGGUAUUCCUAAAAACAGCUCUCCGUAUCAGACUCACACACACACGCCUCACCAACAGAUAGAGAAGCGUGGCUGAUGCGGCAACAACAACAACAAAAAUAUAUAAAUAAAUCAAAAGCACCAUUUCCUCAGAUAUAAAUACCAGUUUUAUUGUCAGAAAAUAGAUGUGCCUUUUCCCUACUGCCUGCACUGUAUGCUACAGAGG